AAUUGUUUAUUCUGUUCAUCCGCCCCUGUGCAUUUAACUGUAAAGCCAUAAAAACAGACCUUGAUCUUCAUUUUGAGAGGUGGAACCUACUCUGGGUACCAAUUAAUAAAUUGUUUAUGUAUGUAACGGUACCGGUAGGUAAGUGGGAAAAGUUUGCUUUAGUUUCGCAAGUUUUAAAGUGUUAACAAUCUCACUUUCACCGCUGCGAUGUUCCGCAUUUUCGUUUUGUGCGCGUUGUUCGCAAUCGUUCGCGCUGGAGGAGUAUCGAAGGCGACCGUCAAGAUACAGGGCGAUACAGUUUCGGGUACCGUCACGUUUACUCAGCAGGGCGCGACAGUUCUAAUUCAGGGGGAAAUCAGUGGUUUGUCACCAGGAAAACACGGUUUUCACAUCCACGACAAAGGGGAUUUGUCGAACGGAUGCACUUCCGCUGGACCCCAUUUUAAUCCUUACAAGAAAAACCAUGGGGCGCCUUCGGCACAAGAUCGUCACGUUGGCGAUUUAGGAAACGUCGUCGCCGGGCCCGACGGCGUCGCCCGCAUUGAUUUCACCGACGGCCUCAUUAGUUUAGGUGGAGAACGGUGCAUAAUUGGACGAGCCCUUGUCAUACACCAGGGCGAAGACGAUUUGGGCAAGGGUGGAAACGAGGAAUCGCUCAAAACUGGUAACGCCGGAGGGCGGCUCGGCUGCGGAGUUAUUGGAAUCUUGUAAAUACUUUCUCUUGUGUACUUUCUCCAUUAGAUUUUGAUAAGUUGUUAGUAAUAAAUCUCCAAAAGUUGAAACAAUA